UGUCGGCUUUAUCGCUUUCUCGCAGGGGAGAAUCUCGAGAGAUUGAAAUGUCGUCCCUUCGAUCACGAGUGACGAGUGUGUUAUUUUUUUACACGAGGAUUAUUUAAGGGAAGGAAAAGUGGGAAAGGAAGAGGAGGGAUCGUGAGAAAGUUUGAGGAGAAAGUAUUCGUCGCGGAUGUUCGCGCGGCUCGCAGCCGGCUAAAAAAAGGAAACAAACGCUCGGGUGAAAAUCCGAAAACGGAGCCAAGUGAUAUCGACGGGAGUGUCGUCGACGUAAUUUUAGAAACGUAGAACGUUUCAAAUAAGGUGCCAAUAAGAUAAAAAAAAAAGAGAAGAGAUCCGGGAGGAUUUCGUACGAGUGUAAACACGAUCGAAGAUUGUUCAAAAUUGUUCUCUUGAUAACUCUUGGAGCAACGAGAAGAAAACCUGGGAUCUGUGUGUUUAAAAGAAAAAAUACUGUUUCGAAUUGAGAAGUAAACAGAAAGGAAGAAUAAAAGAAGAUAUAUAGGGAGAAAGUAUUUUUCGAGACAAAGGUGCGGAUUAAAAAAAAGUAAAAUACGUGAAAAAAUUAUUGAUAUCAAUAUUAAAUCCUCGAAAUCUCAUAAUUUAUUUCGCAUAAUUUUCGGUAAUAAUAUUCCAACUGUCUUGUUUCUUGUUCCUCUUCAUUCUCUUUUGGAUAAGGGAGCGUGAGCGCGCGAUGUGUUUGAAUAGACAAAAAAAGAACUUAUGUCAGGAUUAAGUAUAAAAGCCUCUUAACAAACUGUUGACCCGAAAAAGCGUUUUUCCUCGUUAACUUAGCCUAUUCUUCUCGCCCUCCGAGAAUGAUAUAUUUAAUUCCUCUUAAUAUUCAGAUCAGAUUGAUGCGUCGACAUUUUUUAAUAUCUUUCCAUUCCUACUUCUGCGAAUCGUUUAUUCAAAAUAUUGGUUUUCCCAUUUAUCCACUCAAGUUUCAUCAGAAGUUACAGUGAAUAUUAAUCCGGUUAAUUCUAACGAAAAAUAUAUCUCUUAUCGGUGCAAGACAAAGUUUAACUAACGUUAAUAUUCCAUAUCAAAUGUUUCUGACAUUUAAAGAAUCGUGUCAAACGAAUGAUAAAGUGACGAUUUAAAUGUAAUUUUAUCAUCGUCAAAAUCAAUUUCUCAGAAAAAAAAGAAAAAAAGAAGAAGAAGGAGAAGAGAAGGUGUAGAUUUUCGUCACAGGCGCGAACUAAACAUCGAUGCGUUAAUUAAAAUUUGAUAAAUUGCAUUGGCAGCAAAGUGGCAAGGAAGAUAAUUAAUGGAAGGAUUGAUUUUUUUUGCUAGGCGAAAUAACAAAGUUUCUUCGAAGCGGAGAAACAAACAAAUAAUAAAUUGCACGGAAUUAUGCGAAAUUAAUUUCGUCCGAAUGAAAUUAUGUUUUUAAAUAACGUGAAUCGUCAUCGAAGACGAAGAACUUCGAAAUUAUUCUAUUUCUUUCAUCUUUAAAUAACAAGAAAGAUACUUCCGAAUGGUUGUUCAAGGUCGUCCAAAUUAUUAAUUUCGAACUUGGGACUAACCAAUAAACUAUUUCAGAAUAGUUUUAAUUGUUAAAUUCAAAUUUUUAAAUAAAAUAAUAAAUGAAAAGGAGAUUCUUCUGAAUAAUUCUUCAGAAGACAUUCAAGAGAAUAUUAAUUACACAUCGCAUUUAGCUGAAUCUACUCGAUUAUCGUAUCGAUAAAAUUCGAUAGAUCGAUAAGAAAAAAAAAAUGAAACAAUAGCGAUCGAUCGAGUCUCCAUUAAAGAAAGAAAAAUGGUAUUAGUCGAAGCAGCGGAACAAUAAAAAGGAUGCGAUAGGCACGACCUUUGUCGCAAACGUAUAAGAAAUUCGAUUAUCCCAAUAAUCACUUCACGAGCCCGAAAGGGAUCGUUUUCGUGAUUUCGAAUCGAAAGGAGAGACCGUGGCGCCCUCACAGCAAUUCGAUCGUGCUUGUCAACGAUCGUCGAAGGAGGACCGUCUCGGUUUUGUCUCCAGCAAAGGGAUAAAAGAAAACGAGGACAAGAACUAUUUCGUGUUUGGAACUAUUUCCUGCUAUUUCUCUCAAGAGACAGAGAAAAAGAAUGCGAGAAAACGGAGAAAGAAUUGUAAUCAACUUUUUUCGUAGAAAGCGGCUUCGGAUCUUUUAUAUAGCAUCGACUAAAUAAUGGAAUAGCUGUACAAGAAUAGAUUAAAGUUGCAAAAUUGUAUUUAUCCGCAAGAGAGUCGUAUAUAAUUUAAAAAAAAAAAGAAUUAAACCAAGGACAUUUCUGUACAUAUGAAUAAUGAUGAAAAAGACGAAAAUGAAAAAAUACGAGAUGAACAGUGUCUAUGAAAAAAUAUCCAAACUUUUGAGGUUAUGUUCGAUGAGAGAAACGCACGAGAUAUGAAAUGUUUGAAAGAUACGUCAUUUAAACGGUUUUAGACGAGUGUAAAGGUAGAUCUCCUUUAAGCUCCUAGAAGAUAUACGAGACUGCAUAGGGAAAUUAUAUAGAACAGUGUCAGAUAUAUAUGUGCGAUAAUACCGACGUAAGAGAUUUAAUGUGCAAUCUCGAAUUGUUUCUUUGUGAUCAAAAGAAAGUGAAUUCUGUCCUAUUGUUUGAGAUUAACGGCAAGAUUUUUUUGUAUUAAGAACUUUAAUUGAAAGAUAAAAUCUUUGCAAAAUUGAAUGCAGUUCUCCUGCUUCGAGUUCUCCGCUUCGAAAUAUUUGAAACCGGAAAGAACGGCGUUACAUGCUAUACCAAAAAUCGAUAGAAGGAGGGGCACGCUGCAGCAUCUGACAAAAAAUCUUUGACAGAUUGCUCGACACGACAUGAUUUACGAUUUUGAUUAUAUUUUGCGUACAUUCCUACUGUGAUUCUUAUAUAUUCUAGUGAUGAUUGUUAUGGAGAAGCGAGUAAUUAUGUCAUGAUUUUGGAUACGAAUAUUUGGAAAUGCGAGUUAACACGCAUUUCAGCCAGAUUUAUGAGAAUAAAAGCCAAAAGGAAACCGAAUUAUCGAUUGUUGGAAAAUUACGAUACGUUACAGAUGCAAAUACAAGAAGUUUACGAAACUUUUAUCAAGACCAAACAAAUUGAAUUAAAUUCAAUAAUAUUUAAGAAAAUAGAAGAACAACAAGAAAUAAGAUAGCAUUUUAAGAUUUUGAUAAAAUCUUCUUCAUCAUGUUACCAAAACUAUUGAUUCUUGAUUCUUACAAAAUCAAAAGAUAGUGAAAGUAAUGAAAUAAUAAAUAUCUUAAUUCAUAUAAUGCAUAUUGAAAUCAUAUAAUGCAGAAUUGAAUUAUACAGAUAUAAGUAAAAUAAUAAAGAUAAAUUCAUUCGUGAGUAAAUAUUUCUUUAAUAUAGGAGAAAUUAAUUAAUAUAUAAAAAGAAUUAAUAUGUAUAAAUAUAACAAAGAUAAAAAAUAAUCAAAAAUGGUGACGUAAGAGCUAAAUAAAACGAAGAACACUAAUGAAGAAUCGGGCGAAAAAGUGAAACGAAGGUAGUUGAAAACGAUGGAAAUAAACCUCGAAGUUUUGAACUAUACUAAUUACUACAAUGCUAGUCAAUUAUCGAAAAAUUUAUCGAUCGAGGAGAAUACGAGAGAACCACUUGAGUGUAAACAAGAAAUCAAUUCGAGCGGUCUCUUCGAUUUCAUUAUUUAUGGUAUACUAGUAAAUUUGAUCGGAAUUUUUGGAAUAUUUGGCAACGCAAUCUCGAUGAUCAUUCUUUCGAGGCCGCAAAUGAAAUCAUCGAUUAAUUAUUUGCUAAUUGGUCUAGCCAGAUGCGACACCAUGUUAAUUAUCAUUUCGAUAUUGAUUUAUGGCUUAAUCGCAAUUUACACAUACACUGGCCUGCUGUUCGACUAUAGGUUCAUCGUCUACCCGAAGAUAGUCCGAUUCUUAUAUCCAUUAUCAUGUAUGGCACAUAUAGCAACGGUAUAUUUGACUCUGACUGUGACACUUGAGAGAUAUAUCGCAGUAUGUCACCCCUUACAAGCUAGAUCUUUUUGUACAUAUGGACGAGCUCGAUUAGCUGUGGCGAUUAUUUUGAUAUUUUCCUUUUUUUACAAUUUACCAAAAUUUUGGGAAGUAGAGUACUACACAGAAACUCAUUGGAAAUACAAUGUUACUGUAUAUUGCGUGUAUCCAGCUGAUUUAAGAAGCAACAAUUUAUAUGUCACACUUUACGUUCAUUGGAUGUAUUUCUUUAUUUGUUAUCUUUUUCCUUUCCUUGCUUUAGUGAUCUUCAAUGUAGCUAUUUAUCGAAGAGUGAGAAAAGCGAACAGAGAUUUGCAACAGCUUUCACGACAUCAGAGACGUGAAAUUGGAUUAGCAACAAUGUUACUUUGUGUGGUGAUUGUUUUCCUAAUUUGCAACAUCCUACCACUUGCCUCAAAUAUUCAUGAGACUUUCCUCAACGAUCCACCACUUUGGCUGGUACAGACAGGCAAUCUUCUUGUGACAAUUAAUAGUAGUAUCAAUUUCAUUAUCUACGUGAUCUUCGGUAGAAAAUUCAAGAGGAUAUUUCUAAAGUUAUUUUGCAGUUCAAAACUAUUCGGACCUGGAAGAGAUAGUCCAGAAUUCCAUUAUGACGAAUCAAUCGUUACUAAUAUGACCAAUAUAGAAAGAAACUCUAUCAGACAUUGUCACCUUAACAGAUCGAGUACUAUCAAUAGAAAUAACAAUAUUUCAAAUGGUAGUACACGACAGAGUGUCAAAAUGUCGGGAAGACCUGCCAGUCCAGGACCUUGUAUUUAUUAUCCUGCAAGAAGUCCUAGUCAGAUGUCCAGAAUAUCGAACGCGCAAAAUGGAUGGAAUAAAAAAGAUGUAGAUUCUACGCUAUAAAAAAUUUUAAAUAAUUUAAUUUCAAUAAAUCGACCAGUUAUUAAUCAACAACAACGAAUACUUCUUUAUUAGGCAAAAUAAAAUGAGAAAAUUUUUUACAAAUGAAAACCAUUUGAAUCGAAUACAUUCGAUUAAGUUUGAAAGUAUAAAUGUUUAUCUUUAUCAUCGAUAAAUAUUAAUAUUCAAAUAAAAUCAUCGAAUAAUUUUAAAUUUAUUUUUAUAUGCUAUUAAAUCUAAUA